CUCCUCGGAGGCUACGAUCGUUUGGAGUCUGCACGACUUGAGGAUGUGCUGCUGGACUUUACUGGCUGCGUUCUGGAAUCCCUUUGUUUCAGUCCGUAUAACCUUUCGACGCAUCUCGCCAGCGUGCAGAUGUUUGAGUCGCUGACCGAAGCUCUCGCGGAGAACUCUCUCGUCAUCCUUUGCACAAAGGUGUGUAUGGACUUUUACUUCUUUAACGACGUCUAA